AUGGAGCGGCAGGUGAGGGCUCGGCCCGCGGCCCCCGCGGCCCCCGCAGCCCGUGCCGGGCCUGACCCUGCUGUGUCCCCUGCGCAGGUGCUGCUGAGCGAGCCCGAGGAGGCGGCGGCGCUGUACCGGGCCCUUAGCCGCCAGCCCGCGCUGAGCGCCGCCUGCCUGGGCCCGGAGGUCACCACGCAGUACGGGGGCCUCUACCGAACGGUGCACACUGAGUGGACGCAGAGGGACCUUGAACGCAUGGAGAACAUUCGAUUCUGCCGUCAGUAUCUGGUGUUCCACGAUGGGGACUCGGUGGUGUUUGCUGGGCCUGCAGGCAACAGCGUGGAGAUCCGGGGGGAACUCCUGAGCAGAGAGUCGCCAUCGGGCGCCAUGAAAGCCGUGCUCCGCAAGGCCGGGGGCCUGGGCACGGGGGAAGAGAAGCAGUUCCUGGAAGUCUGGGAGAAGAACCGGAAGAUUAAGAGCUUCAACCUGUCCGCGCUGGAGAAACAUGGGCCCGUGUAUGAGGACGACUGCUUUGGCUGCCUGUCCUGGUCGCACUCGGAGACACACUUGUUGUAUGUGGCGGAGAAGAAGCGCCCCAAGGCGGAGUCCUUCUUUCAGACCAAAGCCCUGGACAUCAGUGCCAGUGAGGAUGAGGUGGCCAGGCUAAAGAAGCCAGACCAGGCCAUCAAGGGGGAUCAGUUUGUGUUUUAUGAAGACUGGGGAGAAAACAUGGUUUCCAAAAGCACCCCUGUGCUGUGUGUGCUUGAUGUGGAGAGCGGCAACAUCUCUGUGCUUGAGGGGGUCCCCGAGAAUGUUUCCCCCGGACAGGCAUUCUGGGCCCCUGGAGACACAGGAGUGGUGUUUGUGGGCUGGUGGCAUGAGCCCUUCCGGCUGGGCAUCCGCUUCUGCACCAAUCGCAGGUCAGCCUUGUACUACGUGGACCUCAUCGAGGGGAAGUGUGAACUCCUCUCGGAUGACUCCCUAGCUGUCUCUUCUCCCCGCCUGAGCCCAGACCACUGCCGCAUCGUCUACCUGCAGUACCCGUCGCUGGUGCCCCAUCACCAGUGUAGCCAGCUGUGCCUGUAUGACUGGUAUACCAAGCUCACCUCAGUGGUGGUGGACAUCGUGCCUCGGCAGCUGGGAGAGCACUUCUCUGGGAUCUACUGCAGCCUGCUGCCCCUGGGAUGCUGGUCGGCUGAUAGCCAGAGGGUGGUUUUUGACUCGGCUCAGCGCAGCCGGCAGGACCUGUUCGUUGUGGACACUCAGCUGGGCAGCGUGACCUCCCUGACGGCUGGGAAGCCAGCGGGAAGCUGGAAGCUUCUCAGUGUCGACCGGGACCUCAUGGUGGUACAGUUCUCCACACCCAGCCAGCCCCCCAGCCUGAAAGUUGGGUUCCUGCCUCCCGCGGGGAAAGAGCAGUCAGUGUUUUGGGUGUCCCUGGAAGAGGCGGAGCCCAUUCCAGACAUCCACUGGGACAUCCGGGUACUGCAGCCACCUCCAGAGCAAGAGAAUGUGGAAUAUGCUGGCCUCAACUUUGAAGCUAUCCUUCUGCAGCCCAGCGGCCCUCCGGAUAAGACCCAGGUCCCCUUGGUGGUCAUGCCCCAUGGGGGGCCUCACUCAUCCUUCGUCACUGCCUGGAUGCUCUUCCCGGCCCUGCUGUGCCGGAUGGGCUGUGCCGUGCUGCUGGUGAACUAUCGGGGCUCCACUGGCUUCGGCCAGGACAGCAUCCUCUCUCUCCCUGGCAAUGUGGGCCACCAGGAUGUCCAGGAUGUCCAGUUCGCAGUGCAGCAAGUACUCCAGGAGGAGCACUUCGAUGCCCGCCAGGUGGCCCUGAUGGGUGGGUCCCACGGUGGCUUCCUUUCCUGCCACCUGAUUGGUCAGUACCCUGAGACCUACAGUGCCUGCGUGGCCCGCAACCCCGUGGUCAACAUCGCCUCCAUGGUGGGCUCCACUGACAUCCCGGACUGGUGUAUGGUGGAGGCCGGGUUCCCCUACAGCACCGACUGCCUGCCAGACCUCAGCGUGUGGGCCGAGAUGCUGGGCAAGUCUCCCAUCAAAUAUGCCUCUAAGGUGAAGACGCCACUGCUCUUGAUGCUGGGCCAGGAGGACCGGCGCGUGCCCUUCAAGCAGGGCAUAGAGUACUACCGAGCCCUCAAGGCCCGGAACGUGCCUGUCCGGCUCCUGCUCUAUCCCAAGAGCACCCACACACUGUCGGAGGUGGAGGUGGAGUCAGACAGCCUGAUGAACGCCGUGCUCUGGCUGCGCACACACUUGGGCAGCUGAAGCGAGCUGGCCAGCCCUGGAGCCCCAGAGCCUGGCAGAGGGAGAGGGGCUUCUCUGCUAUGGGUGGGCAGAGAUUCCUGGACUGGGUAGUCAUAAUAAAGGAGUGUGUGGAGCUUG